GCUGAGAGACCCGCGAGAAGGCCGCCUGGGCCUGUUUCCGGGCCGGCCUGGAGCGGGCGGCGCUCUGUUCCAAUCUCAGCAGGGCGGCGGAGACGGACGGAGGGAGGGACGGAGACUCCGGCCCGGCCUCCUCCUGGCCGCUGACACACAAGUCGGGGGCCGCCUCCUCCUCCUUCCUCUUCUGGCGCUGCCGGAUCCCGCGACGGGCACAGAAGACUCAAGGCCGCCGACUGGUUGAGAAGGAGAAGCAGCGUCCCCUGCUGACCCAUCCCUGGUGGGAGCUGAGCGAGGCACUGCGGAGCCAUGGACACUCUGAUUACAUACAAGGAAAUCUUCCUGCACUAUUUAAACAAAGCAAGAACUCUUGUAAAUGUAACAUUCGCUGAGAUUGAACCAUGGCAAGUCAUAGCAUCAACGGUUGCUGCAACCCUUCUGGUGGUAUGGCUAUAUGCAUUCAUUUCCGAACCAGGCAGUUUAAAGUCGCGAGCUAAAAUAUGGUUCUUCAGAGUAAUACGAAAUACUCCAUUCAUAGGUCCUAUGAUACAGAACCGUUUUAACAAGACUGUGGAUGAAGUGAUUUCCUGUUUGUCUUUUCUGAAAAGUGCAAAGUCUUAUGUCAAGGAGCUGCCUGCCAAAGGCCUGAGCCAAUCAGAAGUGUUACAGAAGAUGAAAGAUUACAGUUCAAUGGGAGAAAUACACUGGGAAGAUGGCAAGGUUUCAGGGACAGUGUACAGUGGUGAAGAAAAACUUACUAAGCUGUUCACAAAGGUUUAUGAGGAAUUUGCGUGGUCUAACCCCCUUCAUCCAGAUGUGUUCCCAGGCUUGCGAAAAAUGGAAGCAGAAGUCAUCAGAAUGGCUUUAACACUCUUCCAUGGCGGACCCAAUUCCGGCGGCUCGAUGACUUGUGGUGGAACCGAGAGCAUUUUGAUGGCAUGUAAAGCUUACAGGGAUAUUGCUUAUGCAAAAGGAAUCAAGUACCCAGAAAUAUUGGCUCCAGUGAGCGCCCAUGCGGCUUUUGACAAGGCUGCUCAUUUAUUUCUUUUAGGGAUAGAAGUUGCGCACAUAUUCCCUUGAAUUCAGGAUAUGAAAGUAGAUGUGAAGGCUAUGAAGAGAGCCAUUUCCAGGAAUACUGCAAUGCUAGUCUGUUCAGCACCCCAGUUUCCUCAUGGGAUCAUAGACCCAAUUGAGGAGGUAGCAGAGCUGGCAGUGAAAUACAAGAUUCCCUUCCAUGUGGAUGCCUGUCUGGGAGGUUUUCUCAUUGCCUUUAUGGAGAAGGCAGGAUUCCCUGUGAAACAUCUGUUUGACUUCCGAGUGAAUGGGGUCACCAGCAUUUCUGCAGAUACCCACAAAUAUGGCUUCGCUCCAAAGGGCUCUUCAGUGAUAUUGUACAGUGACAAGAAAUACCGAUACUAUCAGUUUUUUGUGGCUACUGACUGGCAAGGAGGAAUGUAUGCCUCCCCUACCAUGACUGGCUCCAGGCCUGGUGGCAUCAUUGCAGCUUGCUGGGCAACUAUGAUGCUCUUGGGAGAAGAUGGCUAUGUGGAUGCUACCAGGAAGAUAAUUUCGACUACACGGUUUAUUGAAUCAGAGUUGAAGAAAAUUGACCACAUCUUCAUCUUUGGAAAACCUGAGGUAUCCGUGCUUGCUUUGGGGUCUGACGCAUUUGACAUCUUUCGGUUGGGAAAUAUGUUAACAUCUAAAGGAUGGUCUUUAACUAUGCUGCAGUUCCCUUCAAGUAUCCAUAUUUCCCUAACAUUAUUGCACACAAAACCUGGGGUGGCACAACAAUUCGUGAACGACAUCCAAGAGUCUGUCUCUGAGAUUAUGAAGGACCCUAAAGCCAAAACAACUGGGGUGGGUGCUAUCUAUGGUAUGGCCCAAACCAUCCCAGACAGAAGUAUGAUCACAGAUAUUUCUCAUGUGUUCCUGGAUGCCUUGUACAACACGGAGCCCCUCUCUGCUGAUUCCACGCUCGUGAAUGGAUCCCACUGAUUCCACAGUAACUUGUGCCUUCCAACUAGUGGGCGGUAUUCUAAAGGUUUUGAGGAAAGAGAAUGUCUUUUAAUGGCUGUUCUUCCUGCAAGUGCAGGGCGCAUGGCAGCACAGUGACAUCCCUUGGUCUGAAAGUGCCACAGACAUCACACUAGAGGGUUUUUUGGUUGUUAGUUGUGAAUGUUGUGAAUUAAUUGUAAAUUUUCACAAUAGACAGAAAUUUAAUACUAACGCUGUAUUUUUUUCAAGUUAGUGCACACUGCCACAGACCUGAAAGAAAGUCGUGGCUAAUUCAUUGCGUAGUCCCUCGUAACUCAGGUGUUUGUUCAAAAUCUCUUCAUUCCCUGCUGUAUUCACUUUAAUUGACCCUGUGGUUCACUCUUUCCUGCGUUUUAUUCAUUUUGACCUCUGAAAAACUUUCCUUCCCAGAAUGAAGGUGGAAUGAAGAACGGUUUUUUAGAUCAGCGUGUGAAAUUUGGUCUAACACUUGUUGUGCUUCUUUGUCCACCCCCCCACACUCUGUUUAGCUUAUAGCCUUACUGUAUUUUGAGUUUUUACAAUACCACCUCUGCUCUUGUUGAGCUGAGCAUAUCUUUGGAGACGUUGCAAGCAAAAUGAUUCUUCAUUCCUCGGUAUAUAAUCAGACGGGUUUGCACUAAUUUAAGAUGCUGCAGGCGGCAUACUAGGAAAUCUAACUGGGAUUCCCGGGAGCCAGCGUUGUACUUUGAAAAGCCCAGAUCCUGGAUUGACUCCAGUUCUGUAAUUGGGAGUUUUUGUACGGCCAUGGCACAAAAGUCAACUUUCUACCUGUCCUUUUGAGUACAAAAUGAUCAUCUUUAUGUAGCAGUGGUCUCUAUUGAAUUGUUCUUUUUUUGUGCUCACAGUUAGGUCUGUUUUCAAGAGGGGACUUACAUGUUUGCCUUAAUGCUGAUAGCAGCCCUUCUGGGAUGCCAAAGAUCAGCUGUUGACUGAUAAACUUAUUGAUGGUACUACACUGAAAGUAACUUCAGUGGCAGGUUAGCCUCAGGUAUAAUACACUCCAUCCUCCAUGUAUUGUUGUCCCAGCCAGAGCUCUUCACAGGCUUUCCCUGUUGCAUUAUAAUCAUUUUCAGCUCUAGCCCCAUUGCAGAGGAGUUUGUUAUGACAGGGUUUUCAAGAAACCAAGUAAGAUUUAGCUUUCCUCCAAGUGUUGAAGUGAGGGUGGAGUGUAGUUUUAAAUCAGGAUUUUAGCUAUUUCUGAAUACCACUACAUUGUACUACCUUAUGGAAACCUAGUAAGGGAUAACCAGAAACUGAAGGAAGCAUGGUUGAUUAUAAAUACUUUCAACUUGAUGCAUUUGGGACAGGUCUGAUUAGUCUUCACUAGUCUGAAAUUGGGAAAUGUUUGUUCAGUGUAACAUUUGUCUUGAAUAUGCUGAAUGCAAAGCAACUUGAAGACUAUUGUUUGAAUGAAGAACUGAAACCUGGUUUCAAAAGGCGCACACAUAUAAAUUUCUGUAUUUUCUCCCAUUUGUUUUUUGUGAAAGGGAAACAUUGUCACUGUUAUUUCCCUUUUGUGAAAGGGAAAUAUUGUCACUGUAUACUUGAUCCAAAAUUAAGUGGGAUUAACAAACUAUGAAAAUGUUUCAUGUUUUGGCAAAACUUUGCAUUGAGUUUUCUUGUCAAAUUGAGCAUCACAACUCUGUUUAGAUUUUAUUUAAAGAAAGCUUCACAACAGA